UUCAUUUAUUUAUUUACUUAACGGCCGGCCCCCUUCCAGAGAGCUCCAACAAAAACCGUCGCUCACGCACUUAACCAUCGUCUCACUCAACUGUUUUUUCUCCAUCUCCCUGCUCGCCCUAACCUCACUUUGUCGGCGGGAUAACCGCUGUCGUCCCCUCCCCCCUCCCAAAUGCUGCUCUUCCUUCACCACUGUAGUUUCCGGCUCAUUACAGCUUUGUUCUCUGCUGCAGCUUUGCUCCAGUGGUCCACGGCGGCGGCUCAGCUCCAACACCGUCUGCCGGAUCUACAUUGGCUUCCAGCCACUGCCACUUGGUACGGAAGCCCCGAGGGAGACGGUAGCGACGGUGGAGCAUGUGGGUAUGGUAAUUUAGUGGAUGUGAAACCUUUAAAGGCUAGAGUUGGGGCUGUGAGUCCAAUUUUGUUCAGAAAUGGUGAGGGUUGUGGAGCUUGUUACAAAGUGAAGUGUUUAGACCACAACAUUUGCUCUAGACGAGCAGUGACUAUAAUCGUCACCGACGAGUGCCCAGGUGGGUAUUGUUCCAAUGGCAAUACUCACUUCGAUCUCAGCGGCGCCGCCUUUGGCCGUAUGGCCAUUGCCGGAGAAGGUGGGCAGCUCAGGAACCGAGGGGAAAUCCCAGUAAUUUACCGACGAACUCCGUGUAAGUACCCAGGCAAGAACAUUGCCUUCCAUGUCAACGAAGGCUCGACAGAUUACUGGCUCUCACUGUUGGUUGAAUUCGAGGAUGGGGAUGGAGACAUCGGUGCAAUGCAAAUAAAAGAAAAAAAUUCAGGGGAGUGGCUGGAUAUGAACCAUCUAUGGGGAGCAAAUUGGUGCGUAAUUGGUGGGCCAUUAAAGGGCCCAUUCUCAGUGAGAUUAACAACAUUAUCUACAGGAAGAGCUCUCUCAGCAAGAGAUAUAAUCCCAAGGAAUUGGUCUCCAAAAGCCACUUACACUUCCCGCCUUAAUUUCUUCACUUAAUGAAAAAGAGAAAAUAGCAGCAGUUUUUUUUUUCUUUUUUUGUUUUUUUUUUUUGGAGGUUUGAGAAAAGAAAAGGCAUAUUACGAAGAAAAGCAUAUUUAGUUGCUUUUUGUUGUAUGCCUAAAGGGGAAGGGGAGGGGAAGUGUUAGUAGAAAAAGUAGCCGUUAUCCGUUAUCUUUAGUAGAAAAAAGUGACCGUUGGAGUGCGAAAUAGCAUCCAAUGAAUGAGUUGAGUGAGUGUGGUGUGGUGUGGUGUGGUGUGGUGUGUGUGGAAUAUUGAGAAUAUUGAUAUAGCAGCCCAGCCCUCUCCAAAAGUGGAGAGAGAGCGUGGGGGUGUGUUGAAGUGUGUUAUUUAAUUAUCAACUUGUCUCUUUACUUUGUUUAAUCUAACUUUUGGACUCUUAGUCAAACUAUGCUCAAUUAAAUAGAGAGGCCCAUACAGCUGGAUUUCAGAUCA